CGCUCGCUGCCUUGGUCGAAGUGGGGUCAAUACUCGUUGUCUGAUUAAAUCGUAUUUUUUUUUGUUUGUUUCUUUUUUUUUUUAUGCGGGCUUCCCCGAAUCUUUCGUCACGUGGCGGGUGUAUAUAAAAAUUAUGGGAGAAGGGAUGCGCAUUCGUUGAAGCGAAGAACUCAAAAUGGGAAACUCAGGGAAGACAGUGUUGCUCACUUCCAACGGCGACGAGAUUUCGCAGAGUAUCGCCUUCCAAUUAGCCAAGCAUGGAUGCAGGCUGGUUUUGAUGGGAGACGAGAGUCGCCUGAGGGGUAUCAGCAACCACAUAAUGAGUCGCCUGAGCGGUGCUGCGCCGGUGGAGGUGAUUGGACUCGACAUGGAACAAGAAAGGGAAGCCGUAUUCCAGGAGGCUGUUGAUAAGGCAUGCAAGAUAUUGGGAAAUUUAAACGCUUUUGUGAACUGCUAUACUUACGAAGGAAAGACGCAGGAACACCUAGAAGUGGAAGAACAAGAGGUGAAUAAAAUAGUGAGGAUCAAUUACAUGGCUGCAUGGUAUUUGUUGAAAGCCGUGGGGCAAAAGAUGAGAGACUAAACAGGAGGUUCCAUUAUAUUCAUGACUUCCCUAAUUGGUGCAGAGAGAGGGCUUUACCCAGGAGCUGCCGCAUUUGCCUCCAUGGCCGCAAUCCAACAGCUAGUCAGGGCGUCGGCUAUGGAGAUAGGAAGGUACGAGGUGAGAGUGAACGCCAUCGCACGUGGGCUGCACGUGGGGGAUGAGUACCCGAAAUCAGUGGGGAGGGAAAGGACGGAGAGGUUAGUGAAGAUGGCGGCGCCAAUGGAGAGGUGGCUGGAUGCUAAGAAAGACCUCGCAUCAACAGUCAUCUAUCUUAUCAGUCAUGAUUCUCGCUACAUGACAGGAACCACCAUUUACGUGGACGGAGCACAAUCCUUGACCAGGCCCCGGCUACGUUCCUACAUGUGAUUCAUUUUUUUAAAUUUUUUUUCUUACCAGCUUUUCAUUUUUUUUUUAAAUUACUUGUAUUAGAAAUGGGCAACGAUUAUCCAAAGGACAUAACAAAUGAGUAACAAAAAAAGCAAUUAAACGACAGCACAUCUUAACUUCAAAUUUUAAACAUAAUGCUCAUGAGUUAUUUCUCUUUGAUUUGUUAUAUAUAUUAAUUGUCAAGUUCAAUUUUUUCGUGACAUGCGAAUCGAACUUGAGUCACCAGACAAUGUGUAGAUAGAAAGCAGAGCUUGGAUGAGCAAAAAUGUUUGGAGUAAUUUGCAGCUGGCUUCUUGGCGGUGAUAUGAAGAUAUGUCACCCCAUGACUGUAGUAAUAUGAAGUCAAACUCGAAGGAAAUAGAGCUUACGACACAGGGAUGUGAUUAUGCUGAUAUUCUGCUAGGUUCCCACCAGUUGAAGAUAUCAAGAGGAUAAUAAUAAAUUAAAUUAGGUGGGAUCAAAAUCAAAUACAUUAUCUGGGUGUUGGGCACCACGUGUUGGGCUUGCCACUCGUGCCUGAUUUCAAGAUCCAAAUGAUUAAUGAUU